GGGUAGCGGCCAACGGGCGCUGGCUUCUCUGGCGGUUAUUCUCUUCAAGGUCACUCAUUGGACAAGUACUCACUAAAAUUAUCUAGUUCUAACGCCUUCACUGCAUGUGCUUCAUAUCAGUCCUUACCGAUCAUCGCGGCUGGGUCCCUGCAUUAUGGUUUCAAUGUUGUAAAUGGACUAAUGCCAAGCGUCUUUCCUUGGUUCAAAGUCAGGGUGCUGCUGAGCGCCUAGGCUUACAUUUUCUACCUCCCCAUAUAAUGAGUCCCGUCAUUACCAUUGACAACGCUAUCACUAUUGGUCAGGCCAUUGGAGCAGUAGCGAAAGCUGCAGAUCAUCUGCGUAGUCAUGUUCGUCGUGUGGACAAGGCUAAAUCGUCCUAUCAGAAUCUGCUGCAUGAGUUCGGUUUAGUCCUUGAAGUCCUGGCCAGAGUCAUGAUAAUAGAGCAAGAUACCCCUCUUUCAGACGAUCCCCAGCAUCCACUUUCGUUACUGAUGUCCAAAAAUGGACCAGUCAUGAACUUGAAGGGAGAACUGGGGAGACUUCGACCAAACGAGGAGAUGGAAGUGUGGAGGGAAGAAGAAGCACAGUCGGUUGCUAAGAAAUUGAGAGGCUAUUAUGGCAACAUCAUAGCGAUUCUAACAAGGGACUCGCGGAAAAUUCUCAAGGACGUCGAUCAAACAGUCAAAGAAUUAGGGAAGCACAAGAAAGAUAGGGAACGUCGAAAGUUCCUUGAAUGGAUGAACCCUGUGUCUUGUAUCGAGAAGCACAAUGCCUUUUGUGGUCAACGCAACCCCAAGACCGGUCAUUGGAUUUUCGACGCCAAAGAAUAUAAGGACUGGAAUGAUUCGGAUUACGCGUUUCUAUGGUUGAAUGGCCAGCCUGGACAUGGAAAGACAAUACUAGCUUCUUCCAUUAUCAACAAAAUUCAGGGUAGCGAUAUAAAAGAGUCACAGACGCUCGGUUACUUCUAUUGCAGUUUUCAAGACGACAGGACCACAAACGCGGCUGCAGUAUUCCGCUCCUUGAUCGUUCAGCUGCUUCAACAAUCUGAGCUCGACUGGAUCACACAGAUAGGCAAGCAGCAAGAAUCGAACAAAAAAGGGGGCCUUGUUUCUCUGCAAACAUUCUGGCAGCAAAACUAUGAUGCAAUGCCUCAUCCCACAGAUCUGGCGUCUCUACUAAAGCUUCUUGUUGAAGUGUCCGAGAUGGUUCAUCGACCAGUUCUCGUGAUUGACGCCUUGGACGAAUGCAAAGACCACCUCGACCUAAUCAGACAUCUUGAAAAACUUCCUGAAGACACUCGAUUACGAUUUUUUAUCACCAGUAGAUGCAUGCCAGACGUCCAAGACGCCUUUCAUGGUCUCCCCAUCUCCAAAUUGUCGCUGAAGGACAACGCACGACAAAUGAAAGACAUCUGCGUGCACAUUGAGGAGCAGCUGGAGAAUCAGAAGCGUUUGUCACAACUGCCUGACGUGCUGAAGAAGAUGAUUUCAAAGAAAUUGUCAGAAAAUGCCCAGGGCAUGUUUCGCUGGGUUCAGUCUCACUUGGACGAAAUCGUGGCUUGCAAAAAACCCGUCGAUAUUGAGCCAACCCUCGAUAAAAUUCCAACUGGACUUUACGAGACCUAUAAUAGGAUUAUCGAGGCUAUCGGACGGAGAGGACCAAGGGAUAACCAAAUCGCCCACAGUUGUUUGCUUUGGCUGGCCGGCGCGUUCACCUCGUUGACGUUUGAUCAGCUUAACGAAGCGAUGAUGAUUGAAGUCGGACAACCAAAGCCUAAUCUGAACUAUGGCGUUAAGAACUAUAUGGAUAUCGUGGCUGCGUGCGGAGGCCUCGUGACUUACUAUGAGACAACGACAACUAAGGUCGUCGCUCUAUUUCAUCCUAGUGUCAAAGAUUACUUGAUCGAUCGUUUCUUCAAAUCGAUCUCAGACAUACACACACGGAUCUGCAAGUUCUUGAUUGCGUAUAUGUUAUACAACUUUAUCUCUGUAAACUCUAAGAUGUACCCAGAAGAUCCAGCUAUACGACGCCAUUCACAAUUGUCAAACCCGUUACUGGGUUAUAUUGACCAAGGAUGGAAGCACCUUGGACAUGUUUCGGAUGGGGAUCCUGACAUUAAGACCGCCCUGUGGCAGCUGAACUCGAAGUUUCUUCGAAACGAUAAGAAACAUCCUGCACUUGCUCCAGGCGAAUUUGAGUAUAAACCUAGGGGGUUGGAUGCCGCUGAAACUUCGCCCUCACUUCUAUUCAUCCUGCUUGAGCACGGGAAGCCGUGGAUGGUCGAACCUUUCGUUAAGAAGUACCCCCAUCCGCCGCACAUGGAUCUUAACAGUGAUUGGGGUUCUCCCUUGAUUUUGGUCAUAGCCAAGAACCCUGACUGCCUCAGAAUUCUCCUGGAUAGGGGCGUCGAUCUCAAUAAGCCUUCUUCGUUCAAACCUGGUUUAUAUGCCAACCAAUGCACUCGUCGCAGCUCCCAUACUCCAAUUUCGUGGGCAGCUGUAACUGGAAGUGAAGACGCUGUGGAUUUCUUGCUGUCACAACGGGAGGUCAAGCUCCCUGAUGAUAUUCUGUUCAUGGCUGUGAAGGCGGACAAACCGUCACACAAAUCUAUCCGCAAAUUUCGUCAAUGCGGUGCGAAUGUCAAUUCCACAGUCCAUGGUUCUACCCCUCUUCAUUAUUUCCUCUCCAAAAAUCGGCCAUCCAAUGACGAAAGCCAAUUGCUACCCGUCGUACAGGCGCUCGUUGAACCGACUUGUAAUCUUUCUUUGCAGGACCGGACUGCUAGAACAGCACUACACAUUGCUCUUGAUGCGCGUCUGGAGGAUAUUGUCGCAUACCUUCUCGAGCAAAACGCAGGACUGUCAGCAACGGCGGUUCUCGAUCCAGACAUAUGGACAUGGGCUGCGAAUCAAACGUGGUCGACCAGCGUAGCAGCGGCUCUUGCUCCUGAUCGGCUGCGCACUAGAAUCAAGGGGAAUGUUGUUCCUGAUAUAACGGAGUCGAAAGUCGUCGAGUUUUCAGUUGCAGUCACUGCCGACCGCGACAACGCUGAUCCGGUCUGUGCUGUCGUUAUUUCAGCGAUAUUCAAUAGAGAGCUGUCAAGUUACAAUGACAUCAAGGCCAACCUUUCAUAUUGUAAUCAGUCACUUCAAAAGGACAUCCAAGGCUCCCUGAAAGAUGAUUCCCCCACACCCGAGUUCAUAUUUACAUGGCAAAGUGGGAAGCGUGUCUCUAGUUGCUUGCUCGAUUAUUAUCGUGGAGUUAAAGUUACCAGGAUGCUACAGCAGUUAACGAAAGACAAAGACUCGACUGGCAUCUCCCUUUCUCUUCAGAUGUCCAAAAACAAGUGGAACACCGAAGUCUUUGAACUUGGGGUUGAGUUUGUGCUUGACAUCUACAGAGGUCCUUUACCUCGACUCGUGGGAGGGCUUUCACGGUGAUGAUCGGUGAUAUUUAAGAUAGGUUUUAAUGUUGUCCAGAAUACGAAGAAAUUUAAUUAGUUCUACAUUCGACUUGCGA